UGAAACCAAAUUAACCAAUCCAACUCUGAACAUCACAAUCGAAUGAAUGGCGUGCUGCAUUAAUUUUCCUCUCCGGUGUCAGUUCGAUGGGCCGAUUUUAUCGCCUACAUGUAAACCUCAAAGCAUUCGAAUUCAUCAAGUUCCCCAAAUGAUUUCGUAUUCCAACCAUCGGCGCCGUUGCCUUAUUACGGCCAUGUCUCAGACGACGUCGGAUAAUAGGUCCCUUCCGGACGAGAAAAUGCUAGUUUUUGUUCCUCCGCAUCCCUUGAUCAAGCACUGGGUUUCAGUUCUCAGAAAUGAGCAAACCCCUUGCCCCAUUUUUCGAAAUGCAAUGGCUGAGUUGGGAAGGCUACUCAUGUAUGAAGCCUCAAGGGAUUGGUUGCCUACUGUCAAGGGGGAGAUUCAGUCACCAAUGGGGGUUGCUUCUGUUGAAUUUAUUGAUCCAAGGGAGCCUGUGGCGGUCGUUCCAAUUCUGAGAGCUGGUCUUGCUCUUAUGGAAUAUGCAUCAUCAAUCUUGCCAGCAACCAAAACAUACCAUCUAGGGAUAAGCAGAGAUGAGGAGACACUUCAGCCAACAAUAUAUUUGAAUAAGUUACCUGACAAAUUUCCUGAAGGGUCUCGAGUUUUUUUGGUAGAUCCUAUGUUGGCAACAGGUGGCACUAUAGUGGCGGCUCUGGACCUCGUAAAGGAACGUGGAAUUAACAUCAAGCAAAUUAAAGUGAUAUCUGCUGUAGCUGCUCCUCCGGCCCUUCAGAAGCUCAGUGAGAAGUUCCCUGGGCUUCAUAUAUACACAGGAAUCAUUGAUCCAACUGUCAAUGAUAAAGGGUUUAUAAUUCCUGGACUUGGAGACGCUGGAGACCGUAGUUUUGGUACAUGAAGCCGCACAGACUGGCAUUGAGGCAGCUAUUUAUCUUUUGCAAUUUUGACUGCAUUGAGCGAAUUCUCAGUUCCGAAGGCCUGCUGAUUCUUUUAUUGGAGUUCGAUCAGAUGACACUUUGCUUUAAGGAUUUUUUUUCCUUUUUAAUUUUCUUCCAUUGGGUGAGGAAAUUAUGGGUCACCUAAUCUCUAUGGAGCAAAAUUUAUAUACUGUCUGGAUUUUUUUUUCUGAAAGAACUGUGGUGUAUCGAGGAAAAUUGCAUUUUCGGCCUAUAUUUGCCCACCAGAGCCUGCAAGAUGCAAUGGGCUUGAGGGUGAGGGGAUCAGACCAAUUAUUAGAUAUAUCAUUGAAUUUUUGAAAGGAAGUUAAGCCAUUAACAA